AUGCCGGAGAUCACCAAGACCGUGAAGUUUGAUAACAUUGCCCGGGAAUGGCGCUGCAAGUGGGCAGAUGACAACGACAAGGCAGCGCUGAGCGCCGCACAGGCAGCCCUGGACGACGUCUUGGCCGACCUGAGCUCCGUUGAGGGCGUGGGCUCCGUGCAGCGCGUGGUCUGCGGAGGCUGCCUGGACUUCAAGGUGGUGACAAAGCUGUCGGCAGCCGCCUUCGGCGAGUGGGAGAAGGCUAAGUUCGCGCCCGAGGAAGAGUUCUUGUCCAAGCUGAAGGGCAUCAAGGGCAUCUCCAACGUUGAGACCCAGACCUACACUCUCGAGGAGGUCAAGAUGAACAAGAAGGACAUCAAGAAGGCCCAGGAGAAGAAGGAGAAGGAAGCAGCCGAGAAGGCCAAGGAUGCGCCAAAGGCCCCGGAGGAUCCAGCCAAGAAGCUGAAGAAGGUCCUGAAGGAGGGCGGCAAGCGUGGAGUUGAGAUUGAGGGCGCUGCUGACAUGGGUGGCCUGCAGUUCUUCUGCACCUCCGUCGACGAACCAGAGGGCGAUGUCGAGCUCCUGACGAAGUGCGUCGAGGCCAUGAAUGCCAAGUCCGAUCCUAGCGAGGAGGAGCGAAAAGGCGGCUCCGGCGACAUCGGCAAGAUGGUGUUCUCAGCUGGAGCGGAACACCUCGCAGUCCUUGCUUACGUCCCAGAGGCGAAGCAGGCCGAAUUGAACUGCGAGGCUUGGCUGGAGAAGGUCCUGAGCCAGCAGCCAGGCUACAAGGUCCUCACGAAGGCCAAGGAUGUGUCCACCGGCAUCAUCCCUACCAACGCGGACAAGGGCAUCUUCCCUCUGAAGAUCAGGGAGGGCCUCAUUCUCGAGGCAAACAACUACCUCAGGAAGCUUGGUCUGUUCCCCGAGGUGCCACACCACGAGCUUCUUUCAUGUAAGGGGAAGUGA